CGCCGCCUCCGCAAAACUGUUCCUAACCUAUCUGCAUCUCCCUGUUUCCCUUGCUGUCGGCUCCAAACGAAACCGUCUGUGUUUAUUAUCCUGUCUGCCUAAAGAAAUAGACACAAAUUACCAUGUCAGCCAAAGACAGCCAUGAGGGCAUGCAAGAAAUUGACAUUACCAAACUAACUCUGCAACAACUGUCUCAAUUAAAACAGCGUUUGGAGCAGGAGUUGCAGAUGUAUCAGAGUUCACUUCAGUCCUUGAAGGUAGCUCAAACACGUUAUCUCAACUCAAAGGAAAGCAUCGAGAAGAUUUCACCAGAUUGCAAGGGGAAGGAAAUAUUAGUUCCUCUCACUGGAUCUAUCUAUGUGCCUGGCAAAGUUGCAGAUGCCGAUUCAGUCAUUAUAGAUAUUGGCACUGGCUAUUAUGUUCAAAAGGAUUUGGAUUCGGCAAAGGAUUAUAUGAAAAGAAGAGUCGCAUUUGUCACGGAGCAGAUGGAGAAAAUUCAGGCCAUGGGCCAGGAAAAGGGUUGUAUUAGAGAUGCUGUCAUGGAAGUGAUGGAGGGCAAAAUCCAGCAAGAAAUAGGUCUUCAAAAGGCUGCACUUGCAAGAGCAGCUGGUGCCACCGCCGGCAAAUCAUAAUUGGUGAAUUUAGGAAGGUUUAUGUUUAAAUUUCUUUUCACAUUUUAAUCAUCAUCAACGGAUCAAGUACGCUUACAUUGUAUAUGAGUUUUUGUAUCAGCUUGUUGAUGGUUGUUCAAUGCACCUUAUAUGAUUUAUACUGUUGUUUUUACAUUAAUAUUUCUGGCUCCUUGGUACACGACUAAUGGUUUUUGUUGCUUUGUAUAAAUAUUAUUUAUUAAUACUAAAUUCUGAAUGUUGCUUUCUGUCAUACAUUUCUUUCCUGGGCAAGAUCAAAAUGUAGCUAGGUUUACUGAGUUGCACAACUAUUCUUGGGGUACAUUCCUUUUCUUUCUGAAGCCGUUCAGUUUUCUUAGCUAUGUGCAUUGUGACAAAUGCUGAGCUCUGAGCUUCAUCAACAUUGUGUAUUUCUCUGUCAAUUUUGUUUCCAUUAUGCCUUCUUGCAUUCUGGAACCUCUUAUGCUGCACUUUCAUUUCAAAAUUUGAUGUGUGUAGUUGUGUUAUUUUUAAAAAUAGCUGAAGUAUUGAUUGUAACAUCCUGCUUUUUAUAAAGACUUAAAUAAACCCCCCAAAAAAAUCGAA